AUGGAAAGGAAACGAAGAAAGUCCAACUUGACCACAGAGGGUACUUCUGUGGAGAAUAGAACAGCUGACCCUUCAGAUUCGCCUACAUCGUCCACUGACGGAGCUGACGAUCCAGCGAAUGUUCCACUUGCGCAGAGUUUUCCUAGCUCGGGAGAAUCAUCAGAGGAAGAAGAGUUAGCUCGGCCCAAUCCAGCGAGGCCAACAGAAAAGGUGAUCUCUCGGCAAGGCCUUGGUUUAUUUCUAAGAGGAUUCGAAACUAUAGAAUCAAAGGCCAGGAAAAAAAGAAGAUUCGGGUCCGUGGAAGAGCCAGCAGAACCUGCUCAUGUGCGACGGCAAAAAAGAGAAUACUAUGAUUCUGACAACUCAUACGAAGCCUUGGAUGCAUCAGAAUAUUCAAAGGUCAAUGUAGAGACUGUAGAUUACUACGAUGUUGCAGCUGGUCCAUCAUGUGAUGAGUCGAUUUUCAUCAAUUUCGAUCGAGAUGAAGUGAGCGAAUUGAUUGGGUAUGCGACGGAUGCAAAAAGGGAGGCGUCAAUAUCGGCGGCAGCGAAGUAUGCAAGCUUGCCUGCACUAAUGCAUGAUAAGUCUCGAGCUGCUGCUCCCAGUCUAGCCGGUCAAUCCUUAGUUUCAUCUUUAACAUCGGUCACCACCCAAUCGCAUGGAGUCGACAACCCACUGUUGGGACUCCCAUCUACGCCUCUGCCAACUUCUCACUUGCGAUACAUUUCGAAGAUGGCUGCACAGGCUCCCGAAUUUUCGGUCAAGCUUGAGAAUAGAUUCAGUGACUCUGCGUUGGUAGCAACUGGUAUGCUUGUGGAAGAAAUGAUAACGGCGUCGCUCAUGCCACUUGCAGGCUACCAUGUCAUGCGAUGUCGGGAGUUGGAGGUUCGACGCGAACCAAGAGCCACAGAAGACUCUGGCAAGGCGGCAAAGAUCGACCAAAAACCUCUGGUCCACCCCGUGACUGGCAGAGUGAUGCAGUCGGACAAAAUACUUGUUAAUCCCCUUGAAAAGUCGUCCGAGGAAUGGACGCUUCCUCCUGACGAAGCCAUGAUGAAGCUUCUCGAACAAGACGCGAUACCGCCAGAAGGCUUAUAUCUAACCCCACCAGCAACACAAACAUUACAUGAUGAAAAUCGCAAGGCUCUCGACAAAGAUUGGGAGGCUGUACAGUUGUUUAGCACCGACAACAAGAUUACUCCUGAAAAUGCUAUUGAGAAUAUGGACAUUUACCGACUCUUUCUACAAAUGGCAAACUACAAACGACCGACAGAGGAAUUCAGUGACGGCUCGAGUAGUGACGAGGCAUCAGAUUAA